AGCUAUUUCCUAUCCAAUAAUCUAUCAGGGCGAUUAGCUAUUUGGCAGCCGGCUGACUCUGGAGACACGGGUCCCUCCAAAUCCGAGUGCAGAAAGACAAUGAAGGUGUAACGCUCCCGGGAUCCUGUUGACUGUGAGGCCCGCUCGCCGGCCGGUAAGGACCCUCCCCGUCCGCACCCCUAGCUCCUCCAAAGGCUCCGCCCCCUCUGCCACCAUGUCGACGCCCAGUGGCAGCCCGGAGAGAGACCGCCCCUCCUCCCCCGCCGGUCUGGACCCCGACCCGCCCUCCACGGGGAGCCCCCUGCUCAGCCCGGACUCCUCCUCCCAUGAUGCAGCGCUGUCGGCGCCCGCCGUGUCCCCCGCCGACUCGGAGAGCCUGAGUCCCGACGAGCUGGAGCUGCUGGCCAAGCUGGAGGAGCAGAACAGGCUGCUGGAGGCCGACUCCAAGUCCAUGCGCUCCAUGAGCGGCUCGCGGAGGAACAGCGGCUCCUCGCUGGUGUCCAGCUCCUCGGCCUCCUCCAACCUGUCCCACCUGGAGGAGGACACCUGGAUUCUCUGGGGACGCAUCGUCAACGAGUGGGAGGAGUGGAGACGCAAGAAGGACAAGCUACUCAAGGAGCUGAUCAGAAAGGGCAUUCCCCAUCAUUUCAGGGCCAUUGUCUGGCAGUUGCUAGGCAACGCCACUGACAUGCCCGUGAAGAACCAGUACUCGGAGCUGCUAAAGAUGUCGUCGCCGUGCGAGAAGCUGAUCCGCCGGGACAUCGCCCGCACCUACCCAGAGCACGAGUUCUUCAAGGGCCAGGACAGCCUGGGCCAGGAGGUCUUGUUCAACGUCAUGAAGGCCUACUCCCUGGUGGACCGAGAAGUGGGAUACUGCCAGGGGAGUGCGUUCAUCGUGGGCCUGCUGCUCAUGCAGAUGCCAGAGGAAGAGGCGUUCUGUGUGUUUGUGCGUCUGAUGCAGGAGUAUCGCCUCAGGGAGCUGUUCAAACCCAGCAUGGCCGAGCUGGGUCUCUGCAUCUACCAGUUUGAGUAUCUGCUGCAGGAGCAGCUUCCGGAGCUCAACGUCCACUUCCGCUCCCAGAGUUUCCACACCUCCAUGUACGCCUCCUCCUGGUUCCUCACCCUCUUCCUCACCUUCCUCCCCCUGCCCAUCGCCACGCGCAUCUUUGACAUCUUCAUGUACGAGGGCCUGGAGAUCAUCUUCCGCGUGGGGAUGGCCAUCCUCCAGUACAACCAGACCGACUUGAUCCAGCUGGACAUGGAGGGCAUGUCCCAGCACUUCCAGAAGGUGAUUCCCCACCAGUUUGACAGCUGUCCAGAUAAACUAAUCCUGCGGGCCUAUCAGGUCAAAUACAAUCCCAAGAGGAUGAAAAAACUUGAGAAGGAGUACACCGCGAUCAAAAACAAGGAGAUGGAAGAACAGAUUGAGAUCAAGAGGUUACGCACAGAGAACCGACUCCUGAAGCAGAGGAUCGAGACCCUGGAGAAGGAGAGUGCUGCUCUGGCAGACAGACUCAUACAGGGUCAGGUGACGCGGGCGCAGGAGGCGGAGGAGAACUAUGUGAUCAAGCGGGAGCUGGCUGUGGUGCGGCAGCAGUGCAGCGUGGCCAGCGACAGCCUGGAGAAAGCGCAGGACACCAUCAGAGAGCUGCAGCAGCAGAAGUACACGGAGGAGUUUGUGACCGGUGUGCAGACCCAGCUGGAGCAGUCCAGACUACAGGAGGCCGAGCUGCUGGGAGCUCUGAAGGAGAUGCAGGACAAAGUUUUGGACCUGGAGAAGAGGAACAACUGUCUCCCAGAUGAGAACAACAUGGCUGCGGUGCAGGAGGAGCUGAGGCAGGCAAAGCUCAGGGAGCUGGAGACUCUGAGGACCUUCAGAGAGCUGCAGGACACUGUGACCGACCUCAACCAGCGCUGGCAGAGCCACAUGUCCCGGGGCAACGGGGGCGGGGGUGGGGGGGGGAACUGGAAGGAGUCCCCCAAGAAGAACGCCCUGAACGAGCUGCAGGACAAGCUGAUGACGGUGCGCCUGCGGGAGGCCCAGGCCCAGGCGGAGCUCAGGGAGGUCAAGCUCAAAGCCCUGCAGCUGGACAGCCAGAACCAGAUUCAUAGCAAGCUGAUUGGCCGCAAUGAGCAGGAACGCUCCGCCCUCCAGGACAGGCUCCAUAUGCUGGCCAAUCAGAACAAGGGGCUCCAGACCCAGAUGAGUGAGAUGAAGAGGAAGCAGAGCGAGGCCGACUGCAAGAACAAAGAGGAGGUGAUGGCGGUACGGUUCAGAGAGGCCGACAGCAUGGCCGCCGUAGCCGAGCUCCGACAGAGGAUCUCUGACUUAGAAAUACAGAAGGAGGAGGGGCUUAUCCAGGGCCAGCUGAACAACUCAGACUCCAGGCAGUACAUCAGUCAGCUGAGAGACCAAAUCACAGAGCUCAAGAAUGAGGUCAGGCAGCUGCGUGGACUCAAGGCCCCCUGUGGUGGCGGCGUUGGAGGCACCAACUACCACCACCACCACCACCACCUCCACCACCACCACCCGGACCUGGUGGGCCUGGCCAGCCCGGCCUCGGCCGAGGGGGACUUCCUGAGCUCGGACGACGAGCUGCUGGCCAGCCCCGUCCCGCCCAACGCCCUGUUCCCCCCGCUGCCCUCCGCCCAUGACCCCCACCCCCUGGACAGCGAGGGCAGCACCGACAGCGAGGUGGAGGAGCGGUGUUUGCGGAUCGGGACCACCGCCACGGACCCCCAGCAGCAUCUGUACGGCAACAUGAUGUGCGCCGCGGAGGCCCUGGACAACUGA